AUGAAAGUUGAUCCGUUGACUCUCCUGCAAGAUAAUAACGAUAUAACAACAGUGCUGGGCCCGAUGGUUAGGUAUUCGAAGUUAUCGUUCAGAGAAUUAUGUAAAUUUUAUAAUACGGAAAUAACGUAUACUCCAAUGAUUUUGGCCAGAGAGUACGUGAGAAAUUCGAAUGCUAGGAUUAGUGAUUUGAGUAUAAAUUCUGAAGAUGGUUGUACCAUUGCUCAGGUGGGUGUUAACAAUGUUACAGAUUUGAUGAGAUUUAUUGAGAUGGUUGGACCUUAUGUAGAUGGUAUCGGUAUCAAUUGUGGAUGUCCUAUACGAGAACAGGUCAGGGAAGGAAUCGGGUGUGCUAUGAUUUACAAUGAGGAUUUAUUGAUCGAUAUGGUUAAAGCUGUGAAAGACAAAUAUGGUAGCACAUUGCGUUUAGAAACAAAAAUUAGAAUUCAUGAAAAUGGGAAGCCCGAAAGAACGGUGAAACUUUGCAAAAACCUGUGCAAAGUUGGAGUGGAUUGGAUUACCAUUCAUGGAAGAACCAGAACCACUAGAUCGUCCGAGCCCGUUGAUUUAAAGGCAAUCAAAUUCAUUGUCGAACAAGUAAGAACCGAAUAUCCAGACUCUAUUUUCGUCGCAAACGGUGAUUGUUUCAACGAUGAGGACAUGCAAAAGAUUGCCAAGAUCACAGGUGUACAAGGUGUAAUGUCAGCAAGAGGCAUAUUGAGCAAUCCAGCCUUAUUUGAUGGUUACAAAACGUGUCCGUGGAAAUGCGUAGAAAGAUUCAUGUACAUUGUUACAGAGCACGGAGCCCUACCUUUUGCAUUGAUUCAACAUCACCUGUAUUGUAUGUUCGAAAAUAUGAAGUCAAAUAAGCUGCUACUGAAAGAAUUAAUGGAAUUGAAGCAUCUACCGUCGUUGAUCGAUUGGUUGGAUCAAAAUUUCUCAUUUAAAAGACACGGUGAGGAAGGAUUCGCCCAGGCCGUUGAAAUACCAUACAGAGCUAUCCAACAGACAUAA